AUGCUGCUCUCUCGCAGUGGCGGGCUUUCCGCGAUUUUUUGCUCUUUCCUUCCGCUAGUAUCAAGGGCUGUGCUAGCAGUUGCCCAGAGCAAUGACGCCCUUGGCUGGAUUCCCUUUGAUCGAAGCCAAUUCAGCGGAAAUGCUACCCUUGAUGAAGAUGGAGACGUUCGAUUAUUCUGGGAAAUUGGCGACGAGUACUCGACAUUUGGAAUUGCCUCUCGGUCAAGUGGAUAUCUUGCGCUCGGUUUUAGCGAGACCGGAGCAAUGACUGGCGCUGAUAUGGCUGUGGGUUAUACGAACGACAAUGAUGAGUUUGUUCUUGAGAACCGCCAUGCAGCAGGCUUUGUGUCACCGGAACUUUCUGAUGAUCAAGAAAACAACAUCCGACUGAGAGAAGGCCACCAGGAAGCCGGAGUUACGUCGUUCAUUUUCGAGAAGAAAAACGACGCUGAUUGUUUGCAAAACCAAGCCAACGUCCACACAGCUGCGUGGCAAUGGUUCAUCUACGCGUUUUCUGACAAGAACGUCUUCGCUCAGCAUGCGCCUGGUAACAAAGGCAAGACAUAUGUCAAGCUAGGCACCGGCGAUACUAUUUCGGUGAACGAAAUCCGGCCCUCCGACAACACCAUGAACUUUACCAUUACUCAGCCCGAAGUAGCCAUUCCUACCGCCGAGACCACCUACUGCUACAGUCUUCACAGGAUGCCAAGUGGUGAAAGGAACUAUCUGGUCGCCGAGCGACCAAACCCGUCGAGUGAUUUGCUCCAUCACUUAGUUGUCUAUGCAUGCUACGGCAUGCCCGACGGACUUCUAGACAUGCUGGACCAGGAGCCCAACUGUGACUGGGAGAACUUCUCGAAUCCCUGCAACGGUUUCGUUACGGAAUGGGCUCCUGGUAUGUCUGGCCGCACAUUCGAACCCGGGUUCGGCAAACCCUUCGGCGAGGACUACUACGAAUAUGUCAUGUUCGAGACACAUUACAACAAUCCCACGGGCAUCGAGGGCGAGAAGGACGUAGCCAGUUAUACCUUCCUCUACACAGACGAACCGGUAGAGACUGAGGUCGGCACUCUGACAUUAGGCGACCUCCAGGUGGAUGGCUGGUUCCUCGAACCAGGCAAGGACUUGGUUGCACACUCAACAGUCUGCACGCCUGAAUGCACGAGUCAAUGGCCUUCGGAAGGUAUCACGGCCUUUUCGGUAUUCCACCACAUGCAUUUUCGUGGUCGUAACACGCGCGUCCAGAUCAUUCGAGACGGCAAAGAGAUUGCCCCACUGUCGAUUCUUCACGACUUUGAAUACGGCUACCAGUUCUCCAAAGGCUUGGAUCAAAUACAGCUUUUGCCCGGAGAUAAACUUAUUACCACCUGCGAGUACGAUACUUCAGGAGACGACGAGCCGGUCCCUGGUGGACAACCAAGCAGCAGUGAGAUGUGCUUUGCCUGGGUUGACUACUAUCCGGCCAACGCCGUCCUCGCUUGCACGCAAUACGACACGGGCAAUGCCACCGUAGGACUCUGUCUAGAAUCUUCCGCAUCCGAGCCCGAGUUGUACCAGUCAGACUUUCUUACGUCCACUUUCAAGAAUCUUACCACUUCCGGAAACAUGUGCAGUGCGAAUUCUACAGAUGACGAAGCAUCUGACGGUGGUGACGCUGACUCUACUGAAGGUGGUGGCGCUGACUCUACUGGCGGCGGUGAAUCGGCGGCCUCCACCUUUUCUUUCUGCUCAGUACUAUCGAUAACGAUGUUGUCACUCGUGUUCGUCUUCUAG